AAAUAAAAGAAGAAAAAAAAAAUCAAAAGUUACUGCAUGCCUUCACGUGAGACUCACGUGUUCGUCGGGAAACCAAGUAGAUAGAUAAGCCCUAAAGAAGUUGCAUUUCUUCGUCGAGAAGCUGCUGCGAGAGUGCGAGAUUCGCUGAUACAUACAGGCAAACCAAAAAAAAAAAAUGGCGGAACAAGAAUCAGACAAGAACAUCGAGAUCUGGAAAAUCAAGAAACUAAUCAAAGGCCUCGAAAGCGCUCGAGGCAACGGAACGAGCAUGAUCUCACUCAUAAUGCCACCGCGAGACCAAGUGGCACGCGUCACCAAGAUGCUCGCCGACGAGUACGGAACGGCCUCGAACAUCAAGAGCCGAGUGAACCGCCAGUCAGUCCUCUCCGCCAUCACCUCCGCUCAGCAAAGGCUCAAGCUUUACAACAAAGUCCCACCCAACGGCCUCGUCCUCUACACCGGCACCAUCGUCACCGACGACGGCAAGGAGAAGAAAGUCACCAUCGACUUCGAGCCUUUCAAGCCCAUCAACGCCUCCCUCUACCUCUGCGACAACAAGUUCCACACCGAGCCUCUCAACGAGCUUCUCGAGUCUGAUGAUAAGUUCGGGUUCAUCGUCAUGGACGGGAACGGGACUCUGUUCGGUACUUUGAGUGGGAACACGAGGGAGGUGCUUCAUAAGUUCACUGUUGAUCUCCCCAAGAAGCAUGGGAGAGGAGGGCAGUCCGCGCUUCGGUUCGCGAGGCUUAGGAUGGAGAAGAGGCAUAACUACGUGAGGAAGACGGCUGAGCUCGCUACUCAGUUUUACAUCAAUCCGGCGACGAGCCAGCCUAAUGUCUCUGGUCUGAUCCUCGCCGGUUCGGCCGAUUUCAAGACAGAGUUGAGCCAGUCUGAGCUCUUUGACCCUCGUCUUCAGGCUAAGAUACUCAACGUGGUUGAUGUCUCUUACGGUGGGGAGAACGGUUUCAACCAAGCGAUUGAGCUCUCUGCUGAGAUUCUCUCCAAUGUGAAGUUCAUUCAGGAGAAGAAGCUUAUCGGGAAGUACUUUGAGGAGAUCAGUCAAGACACCGGGAAGUACGUAUUCGGGGUUGAUGAUACUCUAAAGGCGUUAGACAUGGGUGCUGUUGAGACUCUUAUUGUUUGGGAGAAUCUUGAUAUCAAUAGGUAUGAGUUGAAGAACAACGCAACCGGGGAGAUUGUGAUUAAGCAUCUGGGGAAGGAUCAGGAGAAUGAUCAGAGCAAUUUUCAUGAUGCGGAGAGCAAUGCUGAGUUGGAAGUUGUGGAGAAGAUGCCUCUGCUUGAGUGGUUUGCUAAUGAGUAUAAACGUUUUGGUUGUACGCUUGAGUUCGUGACUAACAAGUCGCAAGAAGGGUCACAGUUCUGUAGGGGUUUUGGUGGGAUUGGUGGGUUGUUGAGGUACCAGCUUGAUAUGAGGACUUUUGACGAGCUAUCAGAUGGGGAAGUUUAUGGAGAUUCAGAUUAAAGUGGUGUAAGAUCUCAAAGAAGGAUUUUGGGGAAAAAGAAAGAAAGAAAGAAAGAAAGAAUGUUUUUUUUUUACCUUUUACUGUCUCUGUAAUGUCUUCCUUUUUUCAAAAGGUUCUACAUGAUUUUAAUGUCUGUCUCUUAUGUGUGUUUCUGAAAAACAAUGAUGUUAAAAUGUAUGAGAAAUUUAAACUUUUUUAUCUGAAAUUUUUGUGAUC